AUGGCGUCGCGAUUGGCAAAGAGCGCCCUUGGCGCUUCUCGUGUCCGCCCUGUUCUCUCUACCCGAGCGCUUCCCGCAUUUUCCCCCAUCACCUCAACUCGAUUCGCCUCCAAUGUCCCAGCCGAGGAUCCAAAAACAAAGGCUCAAUCUAUCAUCGAUGCCUUGCCAGGGAACUCAUUGGUUUCAAAGACCGCCAUUUUGUCUGGAGGUGCCGGUCUUGCAAUUGCCGCUAUCAGCAAUGAACUCUAUAUCGUGAACGAGGAGACCGUUGCGGCGUUCUGCCUUCUCAGCGUGUUCACCGCUGUCUUUAAACUUGCGGGCCCCAUGCAUAAGGAGUGGGCGGCAGGCCAGAUCCAGAAGCAGAAGGACAUCCUUUACGCGGCUCGCGCAGACCAUACCAGUGCUGUCACUCAGCGCAUCGAGAAUGUCAAGCCAUUGAGCGAGGUCGUCAACAUUACGAAGCAACUUUUUGAAGUCUCGAAGGAAACCGCACGAUUGGAAGCUCAAGCGUUCGAAUUGGAACAGCGCACCGCCGUUGCUGCUGAAGCAAAAAGGGUCCUUGAUUCUUGGGUUCAAUACGAGGGUCAAGUCAAGCAACGCGAGCAGCGGGAGCUUGCAGAAAAUGUCAUGGCCAAGAUCCAAAAGGAAUUGGAGAAUCCUAAGCUCCUCCAGCAGAUUUUGCAGCAAAGUGUGGCCGAUGUUGAGCGGAUUGUUUCGUCAAAGGCUCAAUAG